GAGCAGGAGUUUUCAAACAACACUAGCUAGCCAGCUAGCCAAUACACAUUUUUGCUCAGGGAAUUACGGCAAACUUUGCUGAAAUUUGGCUAGCGGGCUAGCCUGUUGUUUAACCAGCCAGCGAUGUCUGCGAGCUCCAAGAGGAGACGAGCCACUUCUCCCUCCAGCAGCAUCAGCGGAGGGGGAGACCUCGAUGAUGCCUCCUCCUCGACUCCUGGAAGUGGCAGGAAGAGAAGAAGAAUCUCCAAUGUUCCUCCAGUAGAUACUAUUGCUGUAUGCCAUGAGCUGUUCAAUGCUGUGAGGGACCACAAGGAUGAUCAAGGAAGGCAGCUUUCUGAGGUUUUCCAGAGGGUACCAAAGAGGAGGAAUCAGCCUGAUUAUUACGAAGUGGUGUCCCAGCCGAUUGAUAUGACAAAAAUUCAAUAUAAACUGAAGUCUGAGGAUUACAGUGAAGUGGAGCAGCUUACAGCAGAUUUUCAGCUCAUGUUCAACAACGCCAGGUCGUUCUACAAGAGUGACACUGAGGAGUAUCAAGCUGCGUGCAAGCUGUGGGAGGUAUAUUUGCAAACACGGAAUGAGUUUGUACAGCCUGGAGAUGGAGAUGAGGAUGAUGAGGACGGUGACGAUAUGAUGGAUAAUCCAGGAAUGUCAGCUGAAGAUGAGACCUCAGCUGGCAGUUUGAAGGAAGUGCUGGAGCAACUCUUGGAGGCUAUAGUGUCUCACACUGAUCCCUCAGGGCGUCUGGUCAGUGAACUGUUCCAGAAGCUGCCUUCCAAAGUGCAUUACCCAGACUACUAUGCCAUUAUAAAGGAGCCAAUAGAUCUGAGAACGAUCGCUCAAAGAAUACAGAUUGGAUUCUAUAAAACUGUCAGUGCGAUGGCCAAGGACAUUGACCUGAUGGCCAAAAAUGCCAAAACAUACAACGAACCAGGAUCUCAGGUUUUUAAGGAUGCUAACACCAUAAAGAAAGUCUUCAUCCAGCGUAAGACUGAACUUGAACACGGGGAACCCACUAAAUCCAGCCUUCGCAUCAGAAAUCGCAGGUCUGGCCAAGGGGAUAGGCUCUCUGGCGUCAGCGUAGCUCUCCAGUAUGGCUCAGAGAGCGAGGACGACCCCGUGCUCUCAGGCUCUGUGUGCUACGAUGAGGGAGAAUCCGAGGCGGAGAGCCAGAGUUCAAGCAUGGAGAUGAGCAACCCGAUCUUCCAGUUAUAUGAAGCUGUGAGAGGCGCCAGGAAUAACCAGGGCCAGGUCUUCUCUGAACCCUUUCAGCAUCUGCCCUCUCGCAGGGAAUAUCCUGACUACUAUCAGCAGAUUAAACAGCCCAUUGCUCUGCAGCAAAUCAGGGCGAAAAUGAAGAAUGGUGAAUAUGAAAGUGUGGAACAGAUGGAGGCUGACCUCACUCUGAUGUUUGAGAAUGCAAAGCGCUACAACAUGCCUAACUCAAGCAUUUACAAACGGGCCUUCAGGCUCCAGCAAAUCUUGCAGGCAAAAAGGAGGGAACUUCUAAGGAGAGAUGAUGAAGAUGGAGACAGCAUUCUGUCGUCUGAUGCAGGGAGCAUCAAGAGGAAAAGCCACAAGAAAAAUGUCAAAAAGAACCGAAUGAAAGCACUGUACGCUGCUGUGACUGACGCCAGGGAAGUGGGCACCAGUCGACGCCUCUGUGAUCUUUUUAUGGUUAAACCUUCCAAGAAAGACUACCCCGACUACUAUAACGUCAUCCUGGAGCCGAUGGACCUGAAAACCAUUGAACACAACAUCCGCAGUGAGCGCUAUACCACGGAGGAAGCUCUGAUGGACGACAUGAGGUUAAUGUUCCGUAACGCCCGGCAUUACAACGAGGAGGGAUCUCAGGUAUAUAAUGAUGCUGACAUUUUGGAGAAGAUACUGAAGGAUAAGCGCAAGGAGUUAGGACCUUCUGAAGAGGAAGAUGUGGGAUCUCCCAAACUGAAAUUGAGAAAGACUGGUGUUUCUCCAAAGAAGUCCAAAUACCUCACCCCUCUUCAGCAGAGGUUGAAUGAGCUCUACGAUGCUGUGCGAAACUUCACCGACCGCCGAGGUCGACGUCUAAGCACAAUCUUCCUCCGUCUUCCCUCCCGCGCCGAGUUGCCCGACUACUACGCUACAAUCAAGAGACCCGUCGAUAUGGAGCGUCUGCGGAGUCACAUGGCGGCAAGUCGUUACCAAGACGUCGAAGCCCUGGUGGAGGACUUUGCUCUCAUGUUCAACAAUGCCUGCAUGUACAAUGAGCCCGAGUCUCUGAUCUAUCGGGAUGCUUUGGUGUUGCACCGAGUGUUGCUGGAGACACGCAAGCAGCAGGAGGGCGGGGAGGACUGCGGACCCCCUGCUGUGGGAUCUCUGGUCCGAGAGCUGAUCAGGAACCUGUUUGUGUCCGUGAUGGGCCACCAGGACGAAGAGGGUCGAUGCUACAGCGACUCAUUGGCUGAGAUUCCUGCCGUGGAUCCAGCUGCCCCUGAAAGACCACCGCUUAACUUUGAUGUCAUCAGGAUAAACGUGGACCACGGCCGCUACAGGAGGCUGGACGUCUUCCAAGAACACAUGUUUGAAGUGCUGGAGAAGGCAAGGAGAUUACACAGGACGGACUCUGAGAUAUUUGAGGACGCAGUGGAGCUGCAACAGUUUCUCAUCAAGAUCAGGGAUGAGCUAUGCAAGAACGGCGAGAUUCUGCAAUCCUCUGCACUCAACUACACGUUAAAACACCUGCACAGCGACGUCGACCAGGAAAAGAGGGAGAAAAUCCCCAAAGAGAUCGAAGAGGACAAGCAGAAGAAGGAGGAAGAGGAAGAGGAGGAGAACAAAGAGGGUGAAAAAGCCAAGGACCUACCGGGUGAGGCAUGGCGGCCAGAGCCGGAGCGAGUGUACAGCCAGGACUGCAGCUUUGAAAACAGCACCUACCAUGUGGGAGACUUCGUCUAUGUGGAGCCAUCAGAACCAAACCUGAAGCCUCACAUCGUCUGUAUUGAACGUCUGUGGCAGGAUGAAGGAGGUGAGAAGUGGCUCUACGGCUGCUGGUUCUACAGACCCAGUGAAACCUUUCACUUGGCCACACGCAAGUUUCUGGAAAAAGAGGUCUUCAAGAGCGAUUACUACAACAAAGUGUCCAUCAGUAAAGUUCUGGGCAAAUGUGUGGUCAUUUUUGUGAAGGAUUAUUUCAAAAUGCAGCCUGAGGGCUACAGAGCUGAGGACGUCUACGUGUGUGAAUCCCGCUACGCCGCCAGGAACAAGUCCUUCAAGAAGAUCAAGAUAUGGGCCAUGCCUGAGAGUUCUGUGAAGUUAGGCUAUCGGGAGGUGCCUCUGCCUGUUGUCCGUGUAGCUUCCAUGUUUGCCAAGCCGGACCAGGAAAAACCUACAAUAUCAUAUACAGACAGCAGCAGUUACGUGGAGAAGGAGAGAGAGGACGUCCCCAUGGAGAUGAGCGGCGCUGAGCCCGGCUGUAGCCACUACGAACAGUUACGCUACAACAACGUGUGGUUCAAAGUGGGAGACUGUGUUUACAUCCAGUCACAUGGUCUGUCAAAGCCCCGGGUUGCCAGGAUAGAAAAGCUGUGGCUGCAGAAUGGAACUGCUUUCUUUUUUGGACCCAUCUUCAUUCAUCCCGAGGAAACGGAACACGAGCCCACGAAGAUGUUCUACAAGAGAGAAGUGUUUCUGAGUCAUCUGGAGGAGACCUUGACCAUGACCUGUGUCAUAGGCAAAUGUACAGUGUCGUCCUUCAAGGACUACUUGUCAUGCAGACCUACAGAGUUUUCAGAAGACGACAUCCUGCUGUGCGAGAGCCGCUACAUUGAGGCUGAGAAGCAAAUGAAAAAGUUCAAGGGUCUGAAACGUUUCUCAUAUUCUUCCAAAGUGGUGGAGGAUGAGAUCUACUACUUCAGGAAAUUGAUGGUGCCACAAAAAGAAGCGUCGCCUUUUCUGAACAAGAAGAUAGACGAGCUUGAGGUUAAACUGGCAGAUUUGGAGGAUGGAGAUGAUGAUAUGGACGACAUGGAUGACGAAGAGGAGGCCCCAGCGACGCCUUCUUUGCCUCAGAUGCAGACCCCUCUUGCAAGCGACAUGGACGUCAUGCCAUACACACCUUCACAGGCCACUCCAAAGGUGAAGGGCUUGUCAAAGAAGGAAGGAGCCAAGAGGAAGAUCAACAUGAGCGGCUACAUUCUGUUCAGCAGCGAAAUGCGAGCAGUUAUCAAAGCCCGACACCCGGACUUUUCCUUCGGGGAACUGAGUCGACUGGUCGGCACCGAGUGGAGGAACCUUGAAGCGAACAAGAAAGCAGAGUAUGAAGAACGUGCAGCCAAAAUAGUGGAACAACAAGAGCGCGAGAGGCCACCUCAGAAGCAAGCAUCCCCUAGAGCAGGUACCCCUGUAGGGGCACUGAUGGGGGUGGUGCCUUCGCCUAGCACUAUGGGAAUGAUAAACCAGACCAUGACACCUGUGUCAGGCAUGAUGGGAGCUUACGGCCCACCUUACAUGCCCAUGCAGGGCCCCCAUGAGGGUUUGCUGAGUGUGGCCACAAUGCCACCUCACCCUGCAGGGGGUCCUCACCUGCCUCCUCACCAUCUCCAGCAAGGUAUGCCCGGGUACCCUGGCAUGCCUCAUCAGGGUAUGAUGGGCGCUGGUAUGAACGGCAUGGCAGGAAGUCCCGCGCAAGGAAACUAUAUGCAACAGCCUGGGAUGUUCAGCCCAGGACAGCAUGCUCCUCCACCGUACCCAGGGCAGGGCCAGCUGGGCCAGCCCUCACACCUGCAGCCCACCACUCCCAUGUUUGUGGCUCCACCACCAAAGACCCAGAGGGUGCUACACUCAGAGGCCUACCUGAAGUACAUUGAGGGCUUAAAUUCAGAGUCCAGCACUGUCAGCAAGUGGGACCAAAUGCUCAAAGCUCAGAGGCGCGAUGCUCACCUGACCAAAGAACAGGAGAGUCGUCUGCCAGCUCACUGGCUGAAGAGCAAAGGAGCCCACAGCACCAUGGCAGACGCCCUGUGGAGACUCAGAGACCUGAUGCUCCGAGACUCCCUGAACAUCUGCCAGGCUCACAACCUGUAGACGGUCACCCACUCAGCUCAGCCACUGCUCCUGUCCUCAAGUUACACACUUUAGAAAGGAUUACAGACCAUAGAAGCAAUAUUUUAUAGUGAAUCAUGAUCAAUUUUAUAUUUAUUAGCAAACAUAAUGAGCUUGCUAGUUACUUGUGUGUGCAUUUUCAAUUGUUUUGUUUUUUUUUUUACACCGUUUGAAUUAAUAGUGAUGCAAAACCUGUGAUUUUUGGCUUUCUGAUGUGACCAAAAUAAAAUUCUGAAUACCCUGUUUA